GUUUUCUUUAUAUUGAAUUGGAGGGAAAGGAGAGCUGAAAUAUUCGAAAUUCAAACCGUUAACAUAUUUGUAAAUUAAAAUUCAUCGAUUUACGUCAAUAUUCACUGUGAUAUUUUUGAAAACUAAAAAUAUGCGUUUCUUAGGAACAAGUACGCUCAUAUUGAAGAAGGAUUUUCGUUUGUCAGUCUCGAAAGCUUUUUCAUUCCAGAAGUUCUUGCUCGAUCAGUACUUCGCGGAGUAUGUCUAGGUUGUCCGUCAUUUGUCGCAGAAUUCAAUUGGUUUCUGUAAUAUACAUCUAAGUGUUAUUUGCGUAAUUUCACGUGUUAUUUAAUCACAGUGUAUCAGUGCCAAAUAAACGAAGAUUUUUUUAGCGGCAAUGUGUGUACUCGGAUUUGUUUUGUUUGUGUACGGACGUAAAACUAUACCAUGCGAGAAUGGAAUAUUUCAAACACGAAUUCUGUGAACGAAAAGAGAAUAACGAUGUUAGCUGUAAUCUUUGCUGUAGACCUAGGUCGAGAAUUAUUGAGGGCCAACGAGUCCAGCGGUGUGCUAGAGGUCACUGACCAGAGGUUAUCGCAUGUCGGUGUUUAUUUGAAAUGAUGACAGUAUUCUGGGGCAAUGAAUGAUAAUAGGCCGGAUUUAUCAUUCAGAACUCAUCGAUUCGAGGAAAUAAGCCAAAAUUAAAACCAUAACAACCUCAAAGUUUUUUUUGUAUUUACUCCAAUUAGGAAUGUAUUGUUUACAAUUGUGAUUAGCAGUGUCAGUAUUUGCAAACAGUAAAUGUCAAAAGCUGAAUUUCUGUGGUCGUAUUUGAAUUGUAUUAGGUAUAUUGUUUACAUUGUGCUGUGUAAUCUUGCCAGAAUGUGUGCACGUAGAGCUAGCUUUGCAGGAGAUGGUGAAAUGUUUUAUUCAUUGCUGAAAGCUAUAGGGAUUGACCCAGAGUCAGAAGAUCAAUUUGAUAUAGUUGGUAAUCUACCAGAAGAAAUUGCAGUGCUAAUAUUAGGGUACCUGCCCCCGGCGUCGCUGGCGAGCGCAAUGCAGGUGAGCAGGAGGUGGUGCGGCAUCUGCCACAGCGACAGCCGGCUGAGGUCUACCAUCAAGGUGCACCUGCGGCGGGAGAGGCUUGGCCGAGUCAUGCCGCUCGGCGUCUCGCGCGCGCUGGACAACGGCAACGCCAGGAGCUGGAGGAUCAGCGGCAAGGAGCAGAUCCCCGUCCUCCCAGACAGCGACUUGAACUCUUCCCACGCGGACACCUCUUCUGGGUCAGAGUCUUCGCAGAGUCCUCUUUUCUUGAGGCAAGCAAAGAACUAUCCUGAGUCAAACAGCCCGCCUCGCAAGCAAGGCCUUAGGCUGUAGUCGUGUGUGUGGGUAGUACCUCUAUUGAAGUGGUUGUCAAUGAGCUAGGAACAAUUUUGCGACUUCCUGUGAGCUAGGAACGAAGUCCAGUAUUUGUAGCAUUUAAAGUCAAAGAUCUGACUGGGAUGUGUACGGAACUUGUGAAUCUCAUUAGGCAGGAAUUUGUUUGCCAGUUCUUGCCCGGUAAACAAAACGUUCCCAGAGUUGUUUACGUUUAUCAAAUAUUAAAAGUACAAAGUCUUGAUGAUGGUGUCUGAAUUUGUAACAUUGACUCUACUUAAUGACUUGCCUUUGAUCAAUUUUUGUGGUAGUGACAAGUGUUAACUUCUACUGACUUUGUGAUUCAACUACAUUUUUAACUUGAAAUUGAAGUACUAUUUGUUUUGUGUUUUGAAGUGCAUUUAUUGUUAGCAUUUAUGAAGUAAUAUGUAACCAUGAAACUGAAAUUUUUGUCAGGUAUCAUUCUUAUAGGUAACAUGACAGGAAGCCCAUGCAUUCAAUCUACUUAAAGCAUAUGUGAGUAGUAGUGCAUGUGAAGCACAAAUGUAAGCAAGUGUAGAUUUAUCAUUAACAUGGAACAAAUUUUGUACUUAUUAGUUCUGCUAGACUACAUGUUUUAAUUUCUCGAUGAAAACUGCCCAGUAAUGGGUGCCUAGUUACCUCAAGUCUGCAAAAAGGUCUGCUGUUUUCAAAUGUUUUAUUAAAGUAUGUUAAAUUAUUGUUUUUCAUUGAGAGAGAAUUUUCACUGAAACAUUGUAAGGAGUUUGUAAUCUCUUAAGUUGAUUAUGAAGUAAAUUCAAGCUGUAAGUAAAUGUUAGGUGUGUUCUUUUAUGAAAAUGAUGUAAUAAAUUUUGCCAGUAUUGUGAUUGAGAACAAUGUGAUAGGUUUUGGAGGGGGUCGCCCUAAAGUCUUGCCUAUGUGCGUGCUCUAAGGACAUGUUUAAGAGAGUAUUUACUUUGUUUUUUCAACGUAACGAAAGAGCAUCUUGCCCGCUGAGAUAGUAUUAAUACACAGAAUAUGUGCUUGGAAAUGAUGUAAGCUAAUUGUUUGAAGAAUUUCAAAUUUUUUGGUGUAGCAGAAGACAGCAUUUGUAUUUUAUUACUUUAGGAUACCAUUUUUGGUUUUGUGAAAUUUACUGUGGAUUUUAGUAAGCAAGAAUAAAAUGUUUAUGAAUUUCAGAUUACAAUGGAUUUAUUUCUCAUAGCUAUUAUACACUCCAAUCAAUUUUGUGUCCUGUCACUGAGCUUUUAUUGUUAAUGUUUACUACUAUUAUUACAUUGUUUAUGUUGUAUUAUACUCUAAAUCUAGCUUUUGGAGCUGGAUAAAUAAUGCUCUCUCUCUCUGCACAUAGAUAAAAAUCAGUACACACACACACAUAUAUAUAUACAUACACACACAUAUAUAUAUAUACACACACACACACACAUUCAUCCAUACAUACUGACGUCAGCCAGGGCUACGCCACACGAGCCUGAUCAACCUCCGUUCCCUUUCCCACCACCUUUCCUACCCGGCAUUUGUGUCGUGACGUACGUAGCCGUCUGAGAUUCAAACUGCGCGCCACGAACUACAGCAAGAGGGCGCUUAGCUGCAGUGCGCCGCACCCCUAAUAUAUAUUAAUUAAUAUUGUAAUCCUUUUUCUUUCCGCCCCAAAACAGUGUAACGAUGGCUAUGCAUGUGAGUGUCUUUUAAUUAAUAACUUCAUGAUCUUUUGUUAUUUAAUAAGUCCAAGCACGAACAAGGAUGCUCCCUAGCGGGCGACGGAGGAACUAGCAUGCAACUCAUUUGAACCCUGUUUUAUGCUUAUAAGUAAUUAUUACAGACGGUCUGGACAUUGAAGUAAUUUAAUAAUUAUUGUAAAAGGACUUAUGUAUUUUCUAAUAGUAACCCGGGGCACGCUACAGCAAAGUUGUAACGGUAAUUGUGUUCGGCGCGAAGGGGCGCCAUGUUGCCUCCCGCGAGCCAUGAGCUCAGCCCAGUCUCCUUCUACAGCCGGCCGAGAGCGGACGUCUCUGCAGACACCCCGAGGACAUCACCGUUGGUUCAUCAAUUAGUAAUUCUGUAAAUUAAUUUAUUCAAAUUGCUUUCUUUUUUCAUCCUCGGGGCCUCUCUCGGUCGGAGAGACUGCUUAAGUAAUAAUUAUUCACUCUUCGGAGUUUUUAUCUCAUCAGUGUAUUAACAGCUUGAGGCGGCCACGUGCGUGGUUCGCCUCCUCACCUAAUCUAAUUCGUGCCUCAACGUUUAAAGCUGUAUCAACGGAGGAUCGUGUAAGGACGUGUACCGUGAGUAAAAUAAAAACCAAUUAACUGAGUUACGUGUUUUGUGUUCGGGGGGCCACGUGGGUCCUUAACCUGGUCAGCGGCGUGUGGGACGCCCUAAGAGCCCACUGCGAUAAUUAGGAGCGUGCCCGACGCUGAGAGCGGGCCUAGUUAGGGACAGGUGAUACGUAAAAAGUCAGGAGGGCUAAUAUCUCGCCGCACA